UCUUAUAGAGCUCCCGCGAUGCCAACACCACCACGUACCCCGACUGACGCUCGCACAUUGAUCGGACCCGACUCAAAUCUCGUGUCGCUUGAGGAAAUUGCCGCACACUUUGGACUUGCUCAUGACCAGAUCAACCAUACUCUCAACGCCUCAGCGGAUCAGCCAGAUAACCUCAUGUUCGUCGUACUCUUCAAGAGUGCCUACAAGAACUGGUACCGUCAUGGUAUCGUCUACGCCAAGACAGAUCUCCAUCUAUUACCAGGUUACGAGCUCCCCUAUCCGCUUGAGGGCAAUGAUGAGUUGAUGGAAGACUGUGGAGAUGAUGGCAGCGACAGCGACAUGUAUUCGGUCUCCGACCUAAUCGAUCUUCGCAGUCGAGCAGUCUCAGCAGCUUCGCUGAGAGUGGAACUGUCAUCAAACUCCUCAAAUCCCUCGACACCAUCCACUUCUGAACAUGCAGACAAAGAAGGAACAUACAGGCUACCUUCAUCCCACCCAGAAGUCUUUCCUCCCAUCGCUCUGUUCUCUCAAGUCCUUCCACUUGACAGAGUUCAUGGUUUCAAGUUCCUCGGCUGGCACGAGAUCUCGGAGACAGAGUUCUUCGCACCUGAUACCCCUGAACUGAUUGACAUGUUGCAACGCAAGGGAGACAGAAUUGCUUGGGAAAGCGGCGUGGAGCGUUGCGAAUGGGCCAAGAUCAGGUUGAUCAGGGAUGAGGCAACUGAGAGGGAGAGGGGUCCAUUGAGAAUUGCGAGAUUGGAUUGAGUGUCAGGGGUUGAGGAUAGUUCUGAAACAGUGUAAUGGGAUGCAAUGUGUUAUGACAGGGGCACAUGGCGUUCUUGGGAGCGAUUACUUCAAGUCUUCAACGAGAUGUUGAAGACGGAUAUGUUGUUAGUUUAUUGACAUAGCUGGAGA